GUUUUCAAGAGAUACGUCGAGAUAGGACGAGUGGCUCUCGUUAACUUCGGAAAGGACUAUGGGAAGCUCGUCGUCAUCGUCGAUGUCGUCGACCAAAACAGGGCUCUUGUGGACGCCCCUGGCAUGGAGAGGAUCCAGAUGAACUUGAAGAGGCUGUCUCUUACCGAUAUCGUGAUUGAUAUCAACAGAGUGCCUAAGAAGAAGAAUCUGAUCGAGGCAAUGGAGAAAGCUGAUGUGAAGAACAAGUGGGAGAAGAGUUCAUGGGGUAGGAAGCUGAUAGUGCAGAAGAGAAGAGCUGCCCUCAAUGACUUUGAUCGGUUCAAGAUCAUGUUGGCCAAAAUCAAGAGGGCUGGUGUGGUGAGGCAGGAACUUGCAAAGCUCAAGAAAGAGAGCGCCGCUUGA